UCGAGGAAUUCGCAGGCGCAGAGUGGUUUUUGCUUUCUUUGCCCGUAGAGUAAACUUCCGAAAUUUCCGAAUUUCUCGCGACUUUUCCGACCCCGGAGGUGCCGAAUUUAAUUUCCACAUCAAAUUCCGCCGAUUGCGUUUUUCCCCGAGCUCCGACCACGACCGUUCGAGUCCGUACCGGAAUAUUUCUAAUCCUCGACUUAUGGCAGGUGGUGAAGAAUCGGAUAGCGGUAUGGGUUCGAUGCCUGAUAGCAGUAAAGAUGUGACCCCGGAGAAAAAGAGGACCAGCUGCUUUGACGACGAUUCAGAUGAUGAAACCUUGGGGGAGAGACUCUGGGGGCUGACGGAAAUGUUCCCAGAGGGCGUGCGGAGUGCGACAAUGUCAUUAUACUGUGGGACAAAAUCCAGUCUGAAAUACUUGUAUUCGUUGUCGAGAACUACACUUUGGAUAUUCUUCAGCUCAUCAGCAAUUUUGUUUGCACCAGUGCUUUUUGAAGUCGAAAGGGCUCAGGUCGAAGAAGCUCAAAGGACCCAACAAAAACAGGUGUUGCUGGGACCAAAUACAGCCAUGGCUGGAGGGCCUGGAGGCCGUAGUUAGACGAUAACUGGAAAAUUAGAAAUAGACUUUUUAAAGCGGUUUCAAGGUCUUUUAUUGACGAAAUUUAUUUUUAUUGUUUGUUACGGCUUACGAUAAAUGGAGGAACUUAACUGGAGCAAUGGUUAUUAUACUCCUCUGUUUUAAAUUAAAUUAAAUUGUCUCUCAUUUGGCCUUGAAUGAGCAUUUAUGCUAGUCUUAAGUUAAUUAAGAGGAAACUGCUCUUAUUUUUCCACCCCGAAUUUUUAUAUUUGCCAUUUUUGAUCCUUGUUAUGUUUAAAAUAAUUAUUCACUUUAUCUAACUGUAGUUUUUUUUAGUUGAAAUUGCUUUUUAGCUUUUUGUUUAAAUUGAUACUAGCAUGUACAUACUCAUGUAUAGUUAAAUAAAAUUGAGAUCACAUCGUUU